UAAGAUCUGGAUUGGGACAGGACUAAACCAAGUGGCUGUGGGAGGGUCUCUUUAUUUUAGACGAGUUUUCAGGGUCCCUAGUGGUUCAUUCUGGGGCUCCUGUACAUCUCUGUGUGGGGAAUGGCGUUUGUGCCUUAAUGCAGGAACCCCAACUGUCAGUCCUGGCCCCGCCCUUGGAACCUUCUCGAUCUCUUCCCUCCCCCACUCCCUCGGGUGGGGGCGCACGUGGUUGAGCAGCCGGUAGUCAGAGCGCCGCCAUAUUGGGAUUUAAUGCGACAUAACUGGGCCCGGCCCUGGAACCUCUGCUCUGUCUGUAUCCAUGGAAACGAGGCCCCGUAUGCCAGAAGUUGCCCACAAUGGCGAGGAGGAGGUGGAGACAUUUGCCUUCCAGGCGGAAAUUGCGCAGUUGAUGUCCCUGAUCAUCAAUACCUUCUACUCCAACAAAGAGAUCUUUCUGCGAGAAUUAAUCUCCAACGCCUCAGAUGCCCUGGAUAAGAUCCGAUAUGAGAGCCUGACUGACCCAUCUAAGCUGGACAGUGGCAAGGACCUGAAGAUUGACAUUAUUCCUAACCGGUUGGAGCGCACACUGACUAUGAUUGAUACCGGAAUUGGCAUGACUAAAGCUGACCUCAUCAACAAUCUGGGAACCAUUGCCAAGUCCGGCACCAAGGCUUUCAUGGAGGCACUACAGGCUGGUGCUGACAUCUCCAUGAUUGGUCAGUUCGGUGUGGGUUUCUAUUCUGCAUACCUGGUGGCAGAGAAGGUUGUGGUCAUUACCAAACACAAUGAUGAUGAGCAAUAUGCUUGGGAAUCUUCUGCUGGUGGCUCCUUCACUGUGAAGGUUGAUACUGGUGAGCCCAUUGGCCGUGGUACCAAAGUCAUCCUGCAUCUGAAGGAAGAUCAGACUGAGUACCUGGAAGAGAAACGUGUCAAGGAAACUGUAAAGAAGCAUUCCCAGUUCAUUGGCUACCCUAUCACCCUUUAUCUGGAAAAGGAGCGGGAAAAGGAGAUCAGUGAUGAUGAGGCAGAGGAGGAGAAAGAAGAAAAGAAGGAAGAGGAAGGAGAGAACGACAAACCUAAAAUAGAGGAUGUGGGCUCUGAUGAGGAAGAGGAAGGGAAAGAUAAGAAGAAAAAGACCAAGAAGAUCAAGGAAAAGUACAUUGAUCAGGAGGAGCUGAACAAAACCAAGCCCAUCUGGACCCGCAACCCUGAUGAUAUUACACAGGAAGAGUAUGGAGAGUUCUACAAGAGUCUGACCAAUGACUGGGAGGAUCACCUGGCUGUAAAGCAUUUCUCUGUGGAAGGGCAGCUGGAGUUCCGUGCUCUGCUAUUCAUCCCCCGCCGUGCUCCCUUUGACCUUUUUGAGAACAAGAAGAAAAAGAACAACAUCAAACUGUAUGUGCGCCGUGUGUUCAUCAUGGAUAGCUGCGAUGAGCUGAUCCCAGAGUAUCUGAACUUUGUCCGUGGGGUGGUCGAUUCUGAGGAUCUGCCCUUGAACAUUUCCCGUGAGAUGCUCCAGCAGAGCAAGAUUCUGAAGGUGAUCCGCAAGAACAUUGUCAAGAAGUGUCUGGAGCUCUUCUGUGAGCUGGCUGAGGACAAGGAGAACUACAAGAAAUUCUACGAGGGUUUCUCAAAGAACCUGAAGCUUGGUAUCCAUGAGGACUCCACAAACCGCAAGAAGCUGUCUGAGCUCCUGAGGUACCACACUUCCCAGACAGGUGAUGAGAUGGCCUCUCUAACAGAGUAUGUGUCCCGGAUGAAGGAGAACCAGAAGAGCAUCUAUUACAUAACCGGUGAGAGCAAGGACCAGGUUGCAAACUCUGCCUUUGUGGAGCGAGUAAGGAAGCGCGGCUUCGAGGUGGUGUAUAUGACUGAGCCAAUCGAUGAGUACUGUGUGCAGCAGCUGAAGGAGUUUGACGGGAAGACUCUAGUGUCUGUGACCAAGGAGGGCCUUGAGCUUCCUGAAGAUGAGGAGGAAAAGAAGACCAUGGAGGAGAACAAGACUAAAUUUGAGAGUUUGUGCAAACUGAUGAAGGAAAUCUUGGACAAGAAAGUUGAGAAGGUCACCGUGUCCAACAGACUCGUCUCGUCUCCUUGCUGCAUUGUGACCAGCACCUACGGCUGGACCGCAAAUAUGGAACGCAUCAUGAAAGCUCAAGCUCUUCGGGACAAUUCCACAAUGGGCUACAUGAUGGCUAAGAAGCACUUGGAAAUCAACCCCGAGCACCCCAUUGUGGAGACACUGAGGCAGAAGGCAGACACUGACAAAAAUGACAAAGCCGUGAAGGACCUAGUGGUGCUGCUCUUUGAGACUGCGCUGCUGUCGUCUGGCUUCUCACUGGAUGAUCCCCAGACACACUCAAACAGAAUCUACAGGAUGAUCAAGCUCGGUCUGGGUAUUGAUGACGAUGAUGCACCUAUAGAAGAAGCGUCACCCUCUGUGCCAGAUGACAUCCCACCUCUGGAGGGUGAAGAAGACGCUUCUCGCAUGGAGGAAGUCGAUUAAUCCGUUUGCUGGAAUUAAUACCUGUCCUGCCCCCUCCCACCUGCAUAUGUGCACUGUCUGUAAACUCAGUAGGGGGACGACUUCUCCCUUGGACUUUAAAUGUCACGUGAUACUGGGGAUGGAUUUCCUUCCUUAUAAAAUAUAUUUGGGGAAGCUUCAAGACGAUGGCUGCUGUAUCCUUUCUCUGCACCCCAUUUUUGUGUUCCAGUCUCUGAGCAGUUUAGUUCUGUAAGUUAUUGUAGCAGUAUGGCAGCUAGCUUGGCUUGUGAUAGCCCUGUGUUAGUGGCCAGUUGGUUACUGAGCUACCGGUGGGUCUGUUAGAAUCUGUAAACACAUGAUCUUACAGGCUUGCCUCUAAUCCUACCCUGUGCUGCUACAGUAAUGGGCAUGGUGGAUUAAUAUGUUCUAAUAUGGUGCAGGGCCACUUACCUGGCUGAGAAGCUUUAGUAAUCAUCCUGCUGCCCCUCUCAUUCACUUGCAUGGGGAAUGACUAAUGUGCUGCUGACUGUCAGGCCUUGUGCUACCUGCCAUUUUCAUUCAGUCAGUGGGAGGAAACCUGGUGCUUGUCAGCCAAUGCUGCCUACAUCUGUAGCACCGCAGUGUCACCCCCCUCCCCCCCAAAUCUGACCUGUGUCGAGUGUUAGCCCCUCUCAGACUGGAAUCUCUUGCCCCUCCCCAGAUGUCUUGAAUGCUCUAUCACCCCAGUCCUACACCUCUCUAUAGAGAGCCUCAAUACGGAAACUUUAUUUUAUUUUUUGUUGUAAAGUUAAAAAUGUUGCGCAAAAUAAAGAUCUUUUUACAGUGAAA